AGGGUUCUGGUUCCGCGGCAGCUCAGUACCGGGCGCCCUCCUCCUCCAGCAUCGCUAUGCUCGUCCGCAACUGCUGCCCGUCGUCACUGGUUCGAGCCACCGUGGAUCAGAGCGAGUGAGCCGCUCCAGAGAGAAUCUUGUCUCUAGUCACGCGGUGAGUCACCGCUCACCUGAAGAGGCCGGACAUGCGCAGGCUCACUCCCAUCCUCUUGGCCUUCAUCCUCCUCCCGCUCGUCUCCUCUUCGCUCCCACGGUGGAUUCUCCAACGUGUGCCAGUGGUGCUCCCACAGCAGACCCACAGCCGGCCGGACCCUCACUUCCUGUCUCAGGCCCGCCUGGAUGUGGCCUCCACAUGUGACCCGGAAUGCCACAAGAAAGCUCCGAGGCCCAGCUACUGGGACCUGAGGCAGUUUCUGGCUUAUGAAACUCUGCACUCCAGCGGCCAUCUAACGGAGACCGCAGUGGGGAUCUACGGCUACAACCCCAGUUCCAGCACCAGUCCUCCCCGGCUCGGUGGGUCCGACGCCGAGGCUCCAAGGUCACGUAUAAGACGGAAGCGGCAGAUCUUUGGCCACGAUGGUCGCUUCAGCAUCGCGGGCCAGAUCUACCUGCUCAAGUAUCCCUUCUCAGUGGCAGUCAAACUCUCCACCGGGUGCUCGGGGACUCUGGUGGGGGACCGCCACGUCCUCACAGCAGCUCACUGCGUGCAUGAUGGAAAAAACUACGUGAAAGGAGCCCAGAGGCUGAGGGUGGGGUUCCUCAAGCCCAAGCUAAAAGACACUGCUUUUCCCUCCAACUUCACCAAAGGUGCUGACGGAGGCGUGUACGCUCGGCCCACCUCGGACAAGAUGAAGUUCCAGUGGAUCCGAGCCAAGCGUACACAUGUGCCCAAAGGCUGGAUUAAAGGAAACGCCAAUGAUAUCGGGAUGGACUACGACUACGCCCUGCUGGAGCUGAAGAAACCUCACAAGCGGCGUCACAUGAAGUUGGGAAUCAGCCCAUCUGCUCGCCGGCUGCCAGGACGCAGGGUGCAGUUCUCGGGAUAUGAUAACGAUCGCCCAGGCCAGCUGGUGUAUCGGUUCUGUCGGGCUGGGGAGGAGACCACGGACCUGUUGUACCAGCAUUGCGACGCUCAGCCAGGCGCCAGUGGAUCCGGCGUUUACGCUCGAAUGUGGGACGCCCGCCACCAACGUUGGGAGCGCAAAGUGAUCGGCAUAUUUUCAGGCCAUCAGUGGGUGGAACACCAGGGGACGUCCAAAGAGUUUAACGUGGCUGUCCGAAUCACGCCCUUGAAGUUCGCCCAGAUCUGCUACUGGAUCAAGGGGAACUUUGUGGAUUGCCGAGAAGGAUGAGGUGGGGUUUGGGGACUCAAAACCUAAAGAUGGCACUGACUCAGCAUCACAAACCCUCAGUUCCCACAGUUCUGAACAUGAACACACACACACACAGGACUCGUGCAGUUCUCACCCGCUUCAAAAAAAUGAGUUUGUUCCUUUAAUGUUUGAUGGAGUUUCCGACUGUACUUUGAAGUUGUCUUUUGUAAGGGGAACCUCAAUUAAAAUCACUGAAACUGAGAAGUCACCAAGACCAAGUCUGUGAGUUCACAUGCUCUUGCUCAUCUCUAAAUCCUGACUGAUCACUGAUCAGAAACAGAUGACCAGACACCUAACUUCUCCGGACUGGGUUAGGCUACUGUAUCAUUGAUACACGUGUUGCACAGUUACGAUAUGUUGCACUGUAAAAAAAAAACCACCAUCUUAUGGUUGUAAUGGUAACUGCAAUACCAGCAAAACUGUGGGUCUUUUGUAGCGAGUCCAGACUGAGGGUCUCUACAGAGUAACAGCACCAAGCCACGGCGGCUCGUUGAUCAUCAUAGAUACAGAAUACAACACCAGAAGGGAAGACGGCAACAUCUGAAUGUAUCCGCGAACCACCCAAGGCUCUCAAAUGUUUGUUUCAAUAACCGUGUUUCAGUUCUGACACAUUAAAUGCUGUUAAACUGAAUAAAAAGGAUUGUAUUUUA